AUGGUGGAGGAUGAGUCACAAAUAAAACAUUUUUUGUGGUGCGAAGAGCGUGAGCGAGCUAGAGCGCAAAAGGUGCUGCGUAUCGGCAGGUCGAGAACGGAGAGAGCGUGGACGCCGCUCGGCAAUUCGUCGUCACUACGGACGCCGAGGUGCCGGGUGGUGUUGGAAACGGUAAGAGGUGUGACCGGUGGGGGGAAGUAUUGUGGAAGCUAUUGCCAUCAAUACCAGGGAAUUGUAUUGCUUGUAGUUAUAAUACAUGGACCCACUGCCACAUGGGCAAAUUAUCCGAAUGUGCUUUCCACCUACUGCUCCUUGCAAUGGGGGAAAUUAGCAUUUCUUUCAAAAUCUAAUGCGAUUGUUUCCCAGUUUUCUUUUGAAGGUGUGGGUAGAAAUUCCGAUUUCAUUACUGACCAAAUGGCAUUGCAUACUUCUUUCCCUAUCAUGCUUGCUGUUGAAAUACCAAUUCUAUAUGUAUAG